AUGUUUAUGUAUCCACGUAAGGGUCUCAUCACCGAUCCAUACAACCAAGAGGACAUCAUCAUACAAGACGAUCAGUUCCCACCUGAGUUCGCUGAGAACUCCCAGCAGUACCAACAAUCCUACUUGCAACCACCUUUUCAGUACCAACCGAACCAAUUCGCCUCUCCGCCGUCUUCCGCUCCCUCCUCACCUACUUUCUCCUCCCCGACCUUCUCCAUUACUCACCCUCCCCAGGCGGUCGACUGCCAGUCUUACGGGGCUCCUUCGAUGACCCCGGCUUCUUCCUAUAACCCGUCCUUGGACAUUCAGAGCUCCGCCUCGCCAUCAUCACAGCAAUAUUUGUCACAAUACCCUCAAUACUAUUCGCCUAUGUUGGCCCAACCGCCUAUCGCUCCCAGCAACCAAGCUUGGGAUGGCAACUUGCAGCUGUUGAGCCCCGCUCGCAUUCCUUCUUACCCCCAGAAGGCCUCUCCCAGCUCCUCAUCACGAUCUGCGCCAAACUCUCAACAUCGUCGUUCGGACAGCUCUAACAAGCCUCUCCCCACACCGGUGCAGACUCCCCUCCAGAACUCCUUCUUAGCACCAGCAUUCCAAAACUACGACCCAUUGAUCAAUGAUGGUAGCAGUGUGGAGGCCGAGUCUGCUAUGAGAAGGGCGAUUAUCGAUCAACAAUAUAAGCACCAACAAUCACCUCCUCAGCACCAGCAGGGCGAGUACUCGCAUUCUCUGGCUCCUUCGGUUUCCACAGUGAGCCAGAAUUCGCCAGUUACCCCGCAGACUACGCUUGACGAGCUUGAAGACGCAUCCAAGUCGAUGACCAAUGGUGAGACCCGAUUUCCUGGAUUUGACCGGUGGAUGGACCAGUACUUACAUGACGACGUAUUUCCAGAAUACGCCAACGGUAACUCUGGCAUGCCAAUUGGUGUUACCAAGCUCAAUCGCACUAUUUCCGAUAUUUACCAAGACGAGCUUUAUAACCCAGCCAUGAUGGCCGCUCCUCAGAUGUCUAAGCCGAUGGGCCAGAAUGUCAUGACUCCUCGCAAUGUCAUCGCCGACCGACUACAGGCUGCUAACCAGGGUCAUAUGUCUGCUCGCUCUCAAUCACCAGUUUCUGGCAUGAUCAAGCGCGAACGAUCACCUUUCCGCCAAAACUCUCCGUUCACAUCCGAUAUGAACGCAUCUGGUCUGCAAUCCCAAAUGGCUACAAGUGUCCCUAUGUCUCAGAAUGGCAUGUCCAUGGCUUCUACGAUGAGUCAGAGCGAUCUCAAGACUAUGUCCCCUAAAGAUGCGGUCCUGGAUUUCAACGAGGGCGAAGAUGCCGCUAUGGCUCCUUUAUUCCCUCCCCAGCAGGCUGAUUUCAACCUUGGCGAUGCUCUUGGAUUGCGCCGUGAGAGUUCCGGAUCAUCGCUCCAGCCCGCUUUGACUAUGGAUGCAUUCCCUUCGCAAUACGCCCCGGUCUCGCAAGCACCCUUUGCUUUCACCCCGCAAAGCCACCACCCGCAGACCUACAUGCAGCAGCCGAAGCUCAUUUCCACCCUCCCUCAGGUGGAUUCUAACGGCAGCGAUCUACACUCUUCUGCGGAGAUGACCCCGCAAGCUCACGCCAAGCCAAUCUCCCGGCCCACCAACACGAACUCAGACGCGGGCACCUACACCUGUACCUACCAUGGCUGUACCCUUCGGUUCGAGUCGCCUGCUAAGCUCCAGCGACACAAGCGGGAGGCGCAUCGGCAGACAUCUCCUGGAGGUCAUCUCAUUACUCGGGAUACCUCGCUACGCAAUUCUCAGGCUGGCCCCCACAAGUGCGAGCGUCUCAACCCAUCUACCGGAAAACCUUGCAACUCUGUAUUCUCCCGACCUUACGAUCUGACUCGUCAUGAGGAUACGAUCCACAACGCGCGCAAGCUAAAGGUGCGGUGCCACUUGUGCACCGAAGAGAAGACUUUUAGUCGCAACGAUGCUCUCACCCGACACAUGCGGGUUGUGCACCCUGAAGUUGAUUGGCCUGGCAAGCAGCGUCGUCGCGGAAGAGACUGA